CGGCUGCUAACGCUGACGUCGACUUCUGCAGCAAAAUGGCGUCGGUGACAGUGGUCAUGCAGACGAACCGGUCCAGUUCUAUAUCAUCGUCCAAAAGACGAACAGGAACAAUGAGCCAGAGGAGGUUCAGACUUUUGGACAACAGUGUCCUUUUAUUCCUGUCGUUAGCGUCCAUGUUGCAUUGCGCUCUGGCUGACGGUAAAACGUUGGUACUGCUGGACAACCUCAACAUCAGAGACACCCAUUCAAUCUUCUUCCGCAGUCUGGCAGAUCGUGGCUUUGACAUCACAUUCAAGACCGCUGAUGAUCCCUCCCUGUCUCUGAUCAAAUACGGCCAGUUCGUGUAUGACCAUUUGAUCAUCUUUGCGCCAUCAGUUGAAGACUUUGGAGGAAACAUCAACGUGGAGACUAUUACAUCUUUCAUUGAUGGUGGAGGAAACGUGCUGGUUGCUGCCAGUUCUGAUAUUGGUGACCCCCUGAGGGAGCUGGGCAGUGAAUGUGGCAUCGAGUUUGAUGAGGAAAAGACUGGUGUCAUUGACCAUCACAACUAUGAUGUGUCUGACCCUGGAGAGCACACCCUGAUUGUUGCUGAUCCAGAGAACCUGCUGAAGGCGCCAACUAUUGUGGGAAAACCCACCAAUAGACCUGUUCUGUUCAAGGGUGUUGGCAUGGUGGCCGACCCAGAAAACCCUCUUGUCCUGGACAUCCUUACCGGCUCUUCAACCUCCUACUCCUUUUUCCCUGACAGACCCAUCUCUCAGUAUCCCCAUGCUGUUGGCAAGAACACCCUGCUGAUCGCCGGCCUUCAGGCCCGAAACAACGCCAGAGUGGUUUUCAGCGGCUCCUUGGAUUUCUUCAGCGACGCCUUCUUCAACUCUGCUGUGCAGAAGGCCACACCUGGCUCCCAGAGGCACGAGCAGACCGGGAACAUGGAGUUGGCUGAGGCUCUGUCUCGCUGGGUGUUCAAGGAGGCUGGAGUCCUCAGGGUGGGAGCUGUUACCCAUCAUCCUGUCGGAGAGACCACUCCCCCUGCAGCGUACACCAUCACUGACCUUGUGGAGUACAGCAUCGUCAUUGAGAUGCUGUCUGAGGGCCGUUGGGUUCCAUUUGAUGGAGAUGAUAUUCAGCUUGAGUUUGUGAGGAUCGACCCCUUCGUCAGGACUUACCUCAAGAAAAAUGGUGGAAAAUAUAGUGUCCAGUUCAAGUUGCCCGAUGUGUACGGAGUCUUCCAGUUCAAGGUGGACUACAACCGACUGGGAUACACACACCUGUACUCCUCCACUCAGGUAUCCGUGCGUCCCCUGCAGCACACUCAGUACGAGCGCUUCAUCCCCUCAGCCUACCCAUACUACGCCAGCGUCUUCUCCAUGAUGGCAGGACUCUUUGUCUUCAGCAUAGUCUUCCUGCACAUGAAAGAGAAGGAGAAGUCAGACUAAUGCAGAGAAACAACGGGGAAGCCACGGGUGUUGACAAGAUUCUAGAAUUGAACUUAUGGUGUGAAGAGUUGAAAUUGAAUGUCCUUCUUCACGCAGGGACUUGGACUGCAGUCCUCAAAAUACAGUAUCUCUUCAGUUAUUGGGGCACUCAAUGACUAGGGGACUGGAGGCCAAAAGUGGUGAUGACUGUAAUGCAGUGGUUCAGUUUUUUGUUUUGCUUUUUUUUUUUUUGUACUCUGAAAUCACUCAAAGGCCUGUAAAUGUUCUGAAGUCAGUCAGCAUUUGUAUAAAAUUUGCUUUACAUUUGAUAAAAGUAGAGCACUCUUCUUGGAGCAUGAAUCAAAUCCAUAUGAAAAUUUGACCCACAUUUUCUAAAUCGGGAAAGGUUAUUGUGUUAACUACAUGCACUGAAAAUGCCAACUGUUCUUAUUUGUUUGAUAAGACCUCAAUGUGUUUCCAAAAAAGUUGGAAUCAUCUGAAUAAAACACUGACAUUCCACUCAGUA